CGAGUGGCUAGGCCUUAGGAGCAGAAAAAUCAGGACAAUUGAACCAUCUAGAGACAGGCCAUGGGGAUUAAAUUUUGUAGUGGAGGCCGUCUCAUUUCAACUAAAACUAAGAAGAAAGAUAAGAAAAAAAAAAAGAAGAAGUCACCGAAAAAGACAGAUAAGAAAAAGCAAACAAAGGAAGCCAUCAAGAUCCAGGCCUGGUGGCGGGGCACCCUGGUGCGCAGGACACUACAGCAUGCAGCCCUCAGGGCAUGGAUCAUUCAGUGCUGGUGGCGGACCAUACUUAUGCGGGUAACAGAGAGGAAGCGACGGACGGCACUGAUUGACUUUGCAUGCAGAGAGAGAGCAGUGGUCAAGCUCCAGUCUUUGAUUCGCAUGUGGCGCAUCCACUGGCGAUACUGCCAGGGAUGGAGAAGACAAGAAGACAUCUGCCUGAAAACUCUGCAUAUAUGGAUGAACUAUGAGGCUUUUCUCUGUUUGCCUGGGAUCCGUGUCAAUUGCAGACUAGGAUGCCUCAGUUUCCUCUUUGACAAGCAUCUAGAGAGAAUGCCAAUAUAUUUGGCUGACUCUCCUGGGAAAAGUGCCAUGUGGGCCCAGAUGAAGGAUAGAAGGUUGGCCUUAGUAAUGGAUGGUCCUGGGGCCGGGCAUGCUAAUGAGGAGGUGAUGACUCUGGUGACUAGUGAAAAACAAGUUCACAGCACCUCAAUUCUUUCUUUACAACUCCUUAUCCCAAGAGUUGUGCAACAAACAGUGCUCCUUCUUGUUGUCCCUAAUCCCUGGUCUUUUCUCAUUCUCAGUGAUUUUAUCAUUGACCAAGAUGAUGCUAUCAAAAUCUUUAAUUCUCACCUCAAAUAAACUAUCCCUGCUCCCCUCCUCAACCACUCAUAUCAUGGUCAUACCAAAGCAGCACUAUUCAACAGAACCUUCUGUGAUGAUGAAGGUAUUCUUUAGCUGCCCAAUCCAAUAUGGAAGCCCCUAGCCACAUAAGGUUGUGGAGCUCCUAAAAUGUGCCUAGUGUGGCUGAGGAAUAGCCACUUAAUUUUAUUUAAUUUAAAUUUAAUCACUUGUGGCUAAUGGCUACCCCCAUUGAGCGGUGAAGCUCUACACCUCAUUAUUACCAAUAAUAGUUCAAUUUGCUCUAUUGCUUUCUCUAAUGUUCCAUUCUCUAAUUUCUUCUUUUCUACUAGUUUGCCUUUUCAAUAACCUCAAUAGAACAUUUCUUCAGAUGUGAUAAGUUCUUCUGAUCUAUUGACAGUUCCAUUUUUUUUUUUACAGCCAUCACCCCUGACAUGCCCUUGGAUAUUUUUUUAAUCUAGUUCAGACUCUGUGGUUAAUUGUUGUAUUCUCUCCCCUGCACAAUUUGAGUUCCAUUGGUUCUCUACCCCCACUCCCACACAUCUCUCCCUCUCCCCCCGCCCUCCCAUCUCUAUCUCCUCUCUCCCUCCCUCUCUGUAAGCAUGUAUGGGAUGAAUCCAACCAUCUCCCUGUUCUAUGCCUGCAGAAUAGCAGAGCAUAGCUUUAACAAAACAACCAUAAAACAGUCUCAGUCUAUAUUUAUGACUUCAUAUUUUAACUGGACAAAAUUCACAAUAAAUUUCUCACAUGUCUGCA